UCUCCCUCUCCCACCAGCAGUCAUCCCUCAGUCUUCCCCAUGACUUGCUUGAGGAUGGCCGUGAAAGACCUCUUCGCUGCUUCUGACAUUACUUCAGCCAUCAGCUCUUGCCAAGCAAAUGAUUCGUUCAGUCCUAAGGCCUUCUUUGCAACCGUGGGACUGUCAAAGAAAUCCCCACCAGAAAUAGAGAAAGUCUUUCGGAUUCUGGACCAGGAUAAGAGUGGUUUCAUUGAACAGGAGGAGCUACAACUAUUCCUUCAGAACUUCUCCAAAGGGGCGCGGACCCUGACGGCAGCUGAGACCAGAGCCUUCAUGCUGGACGGAGACAUGGACGGGGAUGGCAAGAUUGGUUGGGAAGAGUUCUCCGCACUUGUCAAAUCCUCCUGAUGACGGGCAGCCCAGAAUUGACACAACAACAUUCCAACUGCAUACUCUGCAUUUGAUUUAUUUAAAUUAAUAUAAUUUUGUUUUUGCAAAUGUCAUACUUUCGCUUGUAAUAUGUCAUUCAUAGGGAAAUUCAUGGUAUUAAAAGAACCAGCUACAUUAAA